AUGACUGACCAGCUGCCGUAUGUUCAUCGUGUGACGUUGUGUCCCGAGGGAGCUGCGCUCGGCAGUGCCCGGCGCUCGGGAGCCCGCUGUGCUGGGGUGGAGGGCCUUCUCGCCCACUCUGCGGCGUCUCUGGAGGAGCAGCGCCGGGAUCUCCGGAGCAGCUCCGCGCAGCACCGGGGCCCGAAGCAGCACACGCGGGAGGGGCCUCGCGCGCCAACCGCAGGAGGUGACCAGGUUCACUCCUGGACGCUGGUCACCAGCCACGCCGUGGACACUGCGUGGAAGAUCGCCAAGGGCUCAGUGACGCUGGCUGCGUCCUUCCUGGUGGCCGCGCUCUGCUACGUGAGGAGGGUGCACGCCUACUUGAGGCAUCGGCUGAAAUGGUGGAUCGGAUAUCUGCAGAGGAAAUUCAAAAGGAACCUGAGCGUGGAGGCGGAGGUGGAUCUCCUCAGUUACUGUGCGCGAGAAUGGAAGGGAGAGACGCCGCGUGCCAAGCUGAUGCGGAAGGCGUACGAGGAGCUGUUCUGGCGGCAUCACAUCAAGUGUGUGCGACAAGUGAAGAGAGAUAACUACGACGCGCUGAGGUCCGUGCUCUUCCAGAUAUUCAGCCAGGGACUCUCCUUUCCAUCCUGGAUGAAGGAAAAAGACAUCGUGAAGCUUCCUGAAAAACUGCUCUUUUCGCAAGGUUGUAAUUGGAUCCAGCAAUACAGUUUUGGUCCUGAGAAGUAUACAGGCUCCAAUGUGUUUGGAAAAUUACGUAAAUGCGUGGAAUUAUUGAAAACGCAGUGGACUGAAUUUAGUGGGAUUAGAGAUUAUCACAAGAGAGGAAGUAUGUGCAACAUCCUUUUUUCUGAUGCUAUUCUGGAAUACAAACUUUAUGAAGCUUUGAAGUUCAUCAUGCUAUAUCAAGUUACUGAAGUUUAUGAACAAAUGAAGACGAAAAAGGUCAUUCCCAGUCUUUUUCGACUCCUGUUUUCCCGGGAAACAUCGUCCGACCCUCUGAGCUUCAUGAUGAACCACCUGAAUUCCGUGGGCGACACAUGUGGCCUGGAGCAGAUCGAUAUGUUUAUUCUUGGACACUCCCUUGAAAUAAAGAUAAAAGUGUUCCGACUGUUCAAGUUUAACUCCAGAGACUUCCAGGUCUGCUACCCAGAUUUGCCGCUCAGGGAGUGGCCCGAGAUCUCCCUGCUGACGGAGAAUGACCGCCACUACCACAUUCCCGUCUUCUAAGUCUGGCGUGGGCUUGGCACCGGCCCUCACCGUUCACAGCGGUCACACUUUCAAGCCACGUCCAGUUGGAGAACCGAAGCUGGUGUUGUAACCACGGAAGGGAUUGGGACCUUCUUCUCUGGACCUUCAGGUGCCCAGGACACAGGUGCACGGAUGGCAUGCCUUAACCUUCCAGUGAUAUCCUCCAAAC